AGCUUAGCAGUUGUCGUCGUCGGUGCAGCUUUCAACGCGCUAGCAAUUAGAUCAAUGCCCGCAUCUUGCCCGACGUCUUAAUCCAGUAAAACAACAAAUACAUAUCGAAUUAUACUAUAUAUUGAUUAUAUAGAACACUGCAGUAUUUUACAAUGAAUGUGCGCCUGUUUGACAAGCAAUCGCUGUUGCUGCUGCUCCUGCUCUGCACUCUGCUGUUGCUCACAGAUGCUGCACCAACCAAAUCGACUAGGACAACGAAGCGUCCAGCCAAACCAAACGCCCGACCACACACCAUCUACUAUCGCUAUGAUUCGCCCAAUAAGCUGGGACACUACAACUUUGAGUUUCAGACCUCCAAUGGCAUAACCACCAAAGGCGCUGGCAAUGAGCAUGGCGCUGUGGGCGUGGUGCAGUACGUUUCGCUGGAGGGUCUGCCCGUCACCUUCACCUAUGUAGCCGAUGCCAAUGGAUAUCAGCCGAGUGGAGAUUAUAUGCCCAAGCACUUGCAGCGUCAGCUAGAAUAUAUUCGUACGCAUCCGACGGUCAAUGAGCCCAAGUCGCGGCAUUGGUGAUGUCGUCCACUUGUACUUCAAUAAUUUUCAAUUAACUGUAAAACAAUUGAGUGUUUGUGAAGUCUCCGUAUCGUUACGCAUCUAAGCACAAUUUGUGUUUAAUUUAAUUACCUUAAAAUGCAAAUGUGACAAACUCAAAUAACAAACAACGUCAAAAGCUGGUCAGCAAACCGCUUUAAUUACAUGCCAAAAACAAAAAAAAAUAACUACAAACAAACAAAAA